CUCUUCAAGAUUUACUACCACCAAUCCAUUGAAGAGGCCAAGAAUUUGAGAAACGAUGAACACACAAGGUGGAAUAGAGGAUAAUGCAGCGAUAAUAGGCAAGGCACAAAUUGCCCGACACCUGUUCGGAAGUUUUGACGCCAUGGCUAUACGAUGCUGUGUUGAGCUUGGUAUUGCUGACAUAAUAAGCAAUCACAAUCGCCCAACUACGUUGUCAGAAAUCGCCACUGGUAUCAACUCUCCAUCAGUAAAUGUUGAUGGGCUUGCACGACUUAUGAGAUUCUUGGUCCACAGAAAGAUAUUCGAUGAAAUACCUCAAUCUGAUGAUGGAAAAGCGGACACAAUUUACUCCCUGAACCACUGCUCUAAUUGGCUGGUAAACCAUAAAAAUAUAACAAUGACACCUUUUGUUAUGUUGUAUACGGACCCUUUCAUGCUUUCACCUCUUCGGGACCUAAGUCGGUCGAUUAAAGAAGGAGGUACAGCAUUUAAAAUGGCCCAUGGAGACGAAAUAUUUGAUUUUUCUUUGAUCAAUUCAGAAUUCAACAAAAUGUUCAACGAGGGUAUGGCAUGUCUUACUAAGUCCACCAUGGAUGUUAUCAUGUUGAAUUAUAAAAAUGGAUUUCUUGGGAUGAAAGGAAGUGUGGUGGAUGUUGGAGGUGGUACUGGUGUUGCAAUAUCUGAGAUUGUGAAGGCAUAUCCACAUCUCAAGGGGAUCAACUUUGAUUUGCCACAGGUAAUUUCCACUGCACCAACAUAUGAUGGGGUUACUCAUGUUGCUGGGGAUAUGUUUAAAGCCAUUCCUCCUGCAGAAACAAUCUUCAUCAAGUAUAUAUUGCACAAUUGGAGCAAUGAUGAUUGUGUUAAGAUACUUAAAAAUUGUCGAAAAGCGAUACAUGUGGAUACUGGAAAAGUGAUUAUUGUGGAGAUCGUUCAACAGCCUGCACAAGAUGAUCUGGUCAAUGAUGUACAUGUUUCAUUAGAUCUAGUGAUGUCUGCAUACUUUUCUAAUGGGCGAGAACGGACCGAAGGUGAAUGGAAGAAAUUACUAGGGGAAUCUGGCUUUUACCGUUACAAUAUUAUUUAUAUUCAUGAGAUUGUAUCGAUUAUUGAAGCCUUUCUGUUAUGAAUUCA